AUGGUAAGCCAUCCCUCGAACUUCGAUAACAACAACGACGACAACGAAUCGAGCAGGUACCCAUCGUCACGAUCUACCCUUCGUACCGUUCCCAACAACGCCGCAACCGGUUUAAACGAAGGUUAUCAAAACCUCCGCACCAACACAAAUACCAUCUCGCCUACUCGUGCAGGUUUUAUCCCUAUUACCGCUCUCACCAACAACAAUAACAUUAAUCAAGCUAGACCUGAUACUUUCAACAUGGGUCAUGCUCCGUCUUACCUCCAAGGUCAACCCCAAAGUCAACCUGGAUCAAGUAGAAGACAAUUCCAAGUUGAUCUUCGAAUGGUAGACCCCAACCCACCUACCCAAGGUCAAGGUGAAGCUCGAACUCCGACUAGUACUCGAGUCAUUCAUCCUCCUCCUCAAUAUUGGCCUUCCAAUACCACCAUCAACACCCCCAACAGCACUACCAUCAGCAACGGUUAUACUGGAAGAGGUCAAGUUGCCGAUAUUGUCAUUCACAUGCCUACUCCUCCUCCACCUGCCGACCAUCUCCCUUCGGUCGGUACUAUCACUUUGUCAGGAUUCCAAACUGAUUAUUCAAGGGCGAUCGUCGGUGGUGAAGAUCAUCUCAGAAGAGCACCCAACUCUGAAGAUGUUCGAGCGACCUUCCAAAUGAAUGACGAAGAAGAUAAUCGACCUGUCCCCGCUGAGGCAUAUAUCAUUAUGAGACCUCAUAGAGAGCUCAACAGAGGUUGGAAUGAUGGUAUCGCCGAAGAGAUGAGAUUGGCUGAUGAAUGGACUUACGAGCUUCAACUUAUUCAACAACCUACUAGAGGUAAAGCUCUUGGUCUCGGACCCCUUCCCAGAGGCUGGCCUGCUCUUUCGGCUCCUCUCAUCGUGCUACUCAUCGUCAAGGACCAAAACGGCAAGGUCAUUCCAGUUGACCACCCGAUCCUCAAUCGAAAACUCGUUCAUACCAGUAUGACCGUUGAUCUCGUCUCUGAAGAUGGUACUCAAUCUCGAUCCUUCAUGAGAGUUAGACCAAGAGAACAAGAUCCUUCCAAACCUCCCAGCCCUACCUCAGGCGUCCCGAUCGAUCCAGAGGUAUUCAAUCGAACUCAACGAAACCUCCUUGGUGCUCUUCAUCGAUCUGCCAACACUUUCGUUCUCGAUGGCAAGAAAGGAAUUUACUUCCUCUUCACUGAACUUGUGGUCAGAAACGUCGGAAGAUACGCUUUAAAAGUCUCCUUACUCGAUCUUGCUGGUCCCAUGCAUAUCGGUACUUCUAUCGGUAUAACCAAGACGAUCAGCAGUGCUCUCACUCAUCCUUUCACCGUUUACCACGGUACCGAGUUCCCGGGCGCUCUUCCUGUUACAGACCUUUCUAUGGAAUUUACUAGACAAGGUGAACGUAACUUGGGUCGACGAACCCGUGCCGACAAUAAUGGAAUUUCCUCCGAAGACGACCUGAUGAAUCCUCCGAGCAACUCUCCCGAAGCUGAAUCUCAACCUCAAACUCAACCUCCAUCCCGAUCUCAACCGCAAGUCGCUUCUGGUGUCACUGAAGGACCUUCUUCUGCUUCUUCCUCUUCUUCCGCUAUUGGAGGUAUCGGACAUUCUGUUCCCGUAUGGACCGAACAAGUCAUCCACGUUCAUCCUCAAGGUUCUUACAUCCGAAGAGUCCGACCCCAAGGUCAACCUCCUACCCGAGGGGGUGCGGAAGAAGGAGAACAGAGGGGAAAUGGAGGUUUCGAGCGAUCUCAUCUCUAA